GUCCGCAGCCCCGGCAGCAGGGGCCGCUGUGAGAGCUGCGCUCGCACCGCCCGCCGCCGCCCUCGGCUCCCGCGCGCGCUGCUCGCCCCUCGGCGCGAUCUUAAGCUCAUUUCUGCACUGUUUUACCGAAGAACCCAUUAAAAGAGCUGGUGAAUCUUGUGGAAAAUGGCGUUCAGUGAUCUUACAUCGAGGACUGUGCGUUUUUAUGAUAAUUGGAUCAAAGAUGCUGAUCCAAGAGUUGAAGACUAUCUCCUCAUGUCCUCGCCUCUGCCACAAACCAUCAUCCUGGGGCUCUAUGUCUAUUUUGUUACGUCUCUGGGACCAAAGCUCAUGGAGAACCGGAAGCCCUUUGAACUCAAGAAAGCGAUGAUAACGUACAAUUUUUUCAUAGUACUGUUUUCUGUGUAUAUGUGUUAUGAGUUUGUGAUGUCUGGCUGGGGUACAGGUUACUCGUUUCGAUGUGACAUUGUUGACUAUUCUCAGUCGCCGAGAGCAAUGAGGAUGGUGCACACCUGCUGGCUUUACUACUUCUCCAAAUUCAUCGAGCUCUUAGACACUAUCUUUUUUGUUCUGCGUAAGAAAAACAGCCAAGUGACUUUCCUUCAUGUCUUCCAUCAUACGAUCAUGCCGUGGACCUGGUGGUUUGGAGUCAAAUUUGCUGCAGGUGGUCUGGGAACAUUCCAUGCCUUUUUAAAUACAGCUGUGCACGUGGUCAUGUAUUCCUACUACGGGCUAUGUGCAAUGGGACCAGCCUACCAGAAGUAUUUAUGGUGGAAAAAACAUUUGACAUCUUUGCAGCUUGUCCAGUUUGUUCUUGUCACUAUCCACAUAGGCCAGAUCUUCUUCAUGGAGGACUGCAAUUACCAGUACCCAGUUUUUCUGUAUAUCAUCAUGAGUUACGGAUGCAUCUUCCUGCUGCUCUUUCUCCACUUUUGGUACCGUGCUUACACCAAGGGUCAGAGGUUGCCCAAAACUAUAGAAAAUGGGAAUUGCAAAAGCAAGCGCCACUAAAAUACAGACACAACCUGGAUUUACAAUGGAGACUGACAUCUUGCCUUCCUUGACAAUCAAGACAUACUUGCCUAUGCAGUGCAUUUUGUAUAUUUUUCAAAACCAAGAGCUUGUAUUUUUAUGAUAAGUUAUUUGGGUUUCUGAUCUCUGAGAGUCCAAAGCUCCCAGAUAAGUCUUCUCAGUGGAAGAGCCUGGAACAGCCAGGAGGUUUCAUGUUGCCUUUCAAACCAAUCAGAGGUCUUAAUAACAUCUUGCUACAUCAAGAGGAGGAUAUGAAGUAAUGUAGUGCUCUUCUAGGAACUCCAGAAAUGAUGACAAAUACUAGCUAUUUUGAACAUGGACAGAGGUCCACAGAGUACGAUAGAUUCCUCCUGCUUGAUGUGGGAACCCCUGAUGCUGGGUUCUGUCUGUCACUCAUCCCUUAUGUUCAGACAACAUUACAUUCGUUCUAGGGCUCAGUUCUAAAGUGCUAACACAAGUGAAGCCUAAGUGGAUUCUUGAUAAGCUCUCAUUCUAAAUUUGUUAAUGGUAAGUUUGAAUGGUCUUCUGAGUCAUUGCCACAAGAUCUGCCCAUAAGACUUCCUCCCAACACAUGUACAAGCUCUUAGAGGCUGUGAUGCUUUGGUAUCUGCACUGAUGCCUUUGAGCCCAAGGUGGAGGUAACUUUAUGUUGCAAACAAGAUGAUUUGUCUCAACGGUUAAUGAACGCUUUGCUAAUGACGAUUCUACAAUUAACUUCUGUGCAUAUCUGAAAAGAGGGAUGUGUGAAUUAAAAAAAAAAGAAUACACUGUGGGAUUCAAUGGGGAACGGUAUAAUCUGUCAUAGUAUAAUGCCACUCUCUGAUAUAUCCUGGUUUAAGGGAUUGUUUUGCCAAAGUAUGUGUUGGUUAGAUAUUUAAGUGUUCAUGUGAUUGGCUUACCUCAGAUGCUUCUGAAUCACAUAUUAAUUUUUGAAUAUCUACUAUGCAAAUGGCUUAUGAAGCAACCAGAGUUGAGUGGUGCUGAGUAUCAGAGGCAAGAUUUGGUUAACAAAUAAACAAGGGGUGUUAGGUCCUGAGAGAUAAAGACACUGAAUUAUGAUUGUGUGUGUGUGUAUAUAUAUAUAUAUAUAUAUAGUGUUGUGGAUACACUGCAUGAAGAGCUAUUUUCCAGAAUCAUGAAUUAACAGGAUUUCCAUUUCUUCAGACCUAUAAGCCAUAUUGUGAAGGGCUGAGAUUCAUGUGGCAUUCCCUACCCCCACCCCCUUUAAAAAUGCUACUUUCUAGAAUUUCCUUCUUCUUCCCAGUGAACCAGAACAACUUAGCAAUACUUGGACGCUUGUGAAGAUGUCAAUAUUAUUUCCUUUUCCUCUUCGAAGAACUUUUCAAAAUCAGUACGCCUUGGUCAUGUGCGCCACACAACAUUGCUCAUUUUACAAUAAAGCCUGAGUCCUCAUUGACCAUAAA